AUGACUCCCAAUCUACGUAAAAACCACCCCCUCCUAAAAAUCAUCAACGACUCUCUGAUCGACCUUCCAACCCCUUCAAACAUUUCCACCUGAUGAAACUUUGGUUCCCUCCUAGGCCUCUGCCUGGUCACCCAAAUUGUCACAGGCCUCCUAUUAGCCACCCAUUAUACAGCAGACACCUCCCUAGCCUUCUCUUCAGUAGCCCACAUAUGCCGAAAUGUCCAAUUCGGCUGACUGAUCCGCAACCUACAUGCAAAUGGAGCCUCAUUCUUCUUCAUUUGUAUCUACCUCCACAUUGGCCGUGGAUUCUAUUACGGCUCUUAUCUAAACAAAGAAACCUGAAACAUCGGAGUUAUCCUCCUCCUGACCCUCAUGGCCACCGCUUUCGUAGGCUACGUCCUCCCCUGAGGACAAAUGUCAUUCUGAGGUGCCACGGUCAUUACUAACCUAUUCUCAGCCAUCCCCUACAUUGGACAAACGCUAGUAGAAUGAGCCUGAGGUGGGUUCUCAGUAGACAACCCCACACUAACUCGCUUCUUCGCCCUACACUUCCUCUUACCAUUCGUAAUCGCAGGUUUAACCCUAGUUCACCUCACAUUCCUACAUGAGUCAGGAUCAAACAACCCACUAGGAAUCCCCUCAGAUUGCGACAAAAUUCCAUUCCACCCCUACCACACUACAAAAGACAUCUUAGGAUUUGCACUCAUACUUCUCUUACUCACCUCCCUAGCCCUCUUCUCACCCAAUCUGCUGGGAGAUCCAGAAAACUUCACACCGGCCAAUCCCCUGGCUACACCUCCCCACAUUAAACCCGAAUGAUAUUUCCUAUUUGCCUACGCCAUCCUCCGAUCCAUUCCCAACAAACUAGGAGGAGUACUAGCCCUCGCUGCCUCCGUCCUAGUACUAUUCCUGAUCCCCCUACUACACAAAUCUAAACAACGCUCAAUAACCUUCCGUCCCCUAUCACAAAUCCUGUUUUGAGCCCUAGUAGCCAACCUCCUCAUUCUAACCUGAGUUGGCAGCCAACCAGUUGAACACCCAUUCAUCAUUAUUGGACAACUGGCAUCACUUUCCUACUUCACCAUCAUCCUAAUCCUAUUCCCACUAGUAAGCAUCCUAGAAAACAAACUGCUCAACCUCUAA